AUGGAAAGUUAUUUGGAGUCUGUUCUGCAUACUGUUGUUGAAUGCUCUUCAAUAGCUUCAAUCUGGGCGAAUGGUUUAGGGAAUUUGGAGGCUGAUGUUCCUGAAUUUCAGAAUGCCAGUAUCUCUUCUGGACUCCAGGUUACUGAUGACAGCAAUGCUAUUCAUGGCAAUUUGCGUUUGGAGAUCAAAGUGUUGUUGGAGGAAAUUUCUCAUUCUAAAGUUCCACUACACACGAGAAGAGUUUCGUAG